AUGGGAGCAGGGCCUGACCAAGACAGGUGGCAUGCUUUGCAGGCUAAUAACUUGAUGGACUACCAAAACUCAGGAGAUACGCGACCCCGCGACUUGGAGGAUUUGUUUUGGGUAGGUGAAGUCCAGCAUUGGUCUGCCCACCAGCAGGGGGCGGCAUACUGUACGCCAGGUAGCCUGCGGGUCUCUCUUCCACACGUCGCCGGCGUGAUGGUCGGCGCUACAUACUGCGCCUGCGCAGGCGGCGCGGCCUUUUUUCCCCGGAGCCGUGCUGGUUCUGCAACUCAGUGGCGGCUGAGUCCUCUGUUCAACAGAAUGGGGUUUGUGAAAGUUGUCAAGAAUAAGGCCUACUUCAAGAGAUACCAAGUGAAAUUUAGAAGACGGCGAGAGGGCAAAACUGACUACUAUGCUCGAAAACGAUUGGUAAUCCAAGAUAAAAAUAAGUAUAACACACCCAAAUACAGAAUGAUAGUUCGGGUAACCAACAGAGAUAUCAUUUGUCAGAUUGCCUAUGCCCGUAUAGAAGGAGAUAUGAUAGUUUGUGCAGCUUAUGCUCACGAACUCCCAAAAUAUGGUGUGAAGGUUGGCCUGACAAACUAUGCUGCAGCAUAUUGUACUGGCCUGCUGCUGGCCCGCAGGCUUCUUAAUAGGUUUGGUAUGGACAAAAUUUAUGAAGGCCAAGUCGAGGUGACUGGAGAUGAAUACAAUGUGGAAAGCAUUGAUGGUCAACCUGGUGCCUUCACCUGUUACUUGGAUGCAGGGCUUGCCAGGACUACUACUGGGAAUAAAGUUUUUGGGGCCCUGAAGGGAGCUGUCGAUGGAGGCUUGUCUAUCCCUCACAGUACCAAACGGUUCCCUGGUUAUGAUUCAGAAAGCAAAGAAUUCAAUGCUGAGGUACACCGAAAGCACAUCAUGGGGCAGAACGUUGCUGAUUAUAUGCGUUACCUGAUUGAAGAAGAUGAAGAUGCUUACAAAAAACAAUUCUCUCAAUACAUAAAGAACAACGUAACUCCAGACAUGAUGGAGGAGAUGUAUAAGAAAGCUCAUGCUGCAAUACGAGAGAAUCCAGUGUAUGAGAAGAAGCCUAAGAAAGAAGUUAAAAAGAAGAGGUGGAACCGUCCCAAAAUGUCACUUGCCCAGAAGAAAGAUCGGGUAGCUCAGAAGAAGGCAAGCUUCCUUAGAGCUCAGGAACGGGCUACUGAGAGUUAAUAAACCAAACCACAAUUUCUGUGAAAAUUUUUCAGAUAAAGAAAAUAAUAAACUUAUUGACUAAG